ACCUGAAGAGAGACUAAUAAAUUUAAAUAAACACUAGGGCCACAAGAAAAUACAAUGCUAGCUUGAGGACGAAGCGUUCAACGCAAUCCCCAAUGGUGUUUUAUCGGGCUCAAAACCCUGCUAGACUGCUAGUUACCUACGCCUAGGUCGAAUCGGCCAAAGCACUCCUAACUACGCACACAUGGCAUCCGCCUAGCCUCGAUCGAAAAAUAUUCGCGCCAAAUCUGGAAUCUUCUGUAUUCAUUUUCAACGUAGCUAUUCGGUGAAGUACCUCGUCCUUGGAUUCCUCACUGAUUUUGUACACAUUCUAAAUUAACUAUUGCUUUGCUGUAAAUAAGUAGAGUCUUCAAUUCGGGGCAUUCUUCUUUCCUUAUCAUCUUACAAACAAAAAAACAGCAUUUAUACUUCAAUUGGGAGACUGCUCGUGUUUAGUCUGAUUUUGCCUGGUCAAUUUUGAGAUUAAUCUGCAUUAUAAAUCUUCUUUUUAUUUGCAUUAUCUUCAACAUUUUACACAAUGGAUUUCAACCACUAGCUUCUCGUUUUUUUCUCAGUAAUAGCAUUGGCUAGGUGCAGCUUGAAUUGGCUCUUGAUCGCUUCUCAUUACAAUCAGGUCUGACAGAUACCCAUUGUGGCAAUACCCAUAUCUUCAAUACCCACUUCUGCAAUACACAUUUCAGAAAUGGCAGCAGCAGUGAAUAACAUAGCAGCCACAUUUUCUUCUUCAGCCAGAAUCUCAUCAAAGCCUCAAUCUUUGUCAACACCCAAUUCAAUUUCCCUUGCUGUGCCUACUUGUUCUAUGCCUGCUGCCUCGGUUUCGUGGAACCCACAAUCAAAACUCCCCUCUUCAUUCAGGUGCUCACUGGUAAGCCUCUAUGGAGGCCCAGGGCCAAAAUACAAGGCUUUAAGCCGUGGCAUGAAACCCACAAACCCUAGAAGUAAAACCCCUCGUGGUGCUUUCCAAACCAUUAGGGCAACAAUCUCUGUUGGGGACAACCUACCAGAAGCAACACUGUCCUUCUUUGACAAUGAGGACAAUAUCCAAACAAUAAGUGUCUCAGAUUUAACCAAAGGGAAGAAGGUCGUUAUGUUUGCUGUUCCGGGUGCUUUCACUCCAACCUGCUCACAGAAACAUCUCCCUGGAUUCGUGGAGAAGUCAGAUGAAUUGAAAAGCAAGGGUGUUGAUAGCAUUGUCUGCAUUUCUGUUAAUGAUGCAUUUGUAAUGAAGGCUUGGAAAAAGGACAUUAAUGUGGGUGACAAGGUGCUCUUGUUGGCUGAUGGUAAUGGUGAAUUUACCAAGGCAAUGGGUGUGUCAUUGGAUUUAAGUGAUAAGCCGGCUGGGCUAGGGAUCCGUUCCAGGCGCUAUGCACUUUUAGCAGAUGAUGGAGUUGUCAAGGUUCUCAAGCUGGAAGAGGGCGGUGCAUUUACUGUUAGUGGGGCUGAUGACAUUUUGAAGGAACUCUGAGAAUUUUGGUAAAUGCAAUGUCAGAUUUUGAAAUUAUAGGCAGUUAAAUUCUGUUCAAUCUUUUUUUGGGGAUUUGAUAGGUUAAGAAAGGAAGUUACUUUUUGCAGUGAUGAACACCCAUAUGAAUCUAAAUGAGUAGUGUAUUUUGAUAAAUUCCCAGUAACCAACUGGGACUGAAUCACUAUAAAAGUCAUCUCGUGAACAGCGUAUCGAAGUAUUGAGUUUUAUCUGAAAAUUGGCUCGUGGACAUGUUUAUGUUGUCAAGUAUUAUUUUGGUAUUGCUAAUACAUCUGGAGUUGGAAAUUUUAUGUGUA